CGGCAGGUUAAGAAUGGCGGUAGAUAAGACUUCUGUUCCAGCGAGUUCUUGUCGCUUGCUACCUCUAAAAUCCACCCUUUCCUCGUUGUAUUUACUAACAUCGUUUUUUGGCCACAAAAAUUGUUUCCAUCACAAGUGCUUCAGGCUGGGACUAGGGAUUUGGGUGACAAAUAUAUUGAUACAUUUUGUGAUGGACUUUUACGAAGCAUACGCGAUCUUUGGAACUGCCUGGGCGACCGUUAUAGGAAUGUAUCUUAUUACUUUUAUCGUCGCAAGUAGCACCUUGGCAAAGACCACUUUACCAUGGUUGGAAAACAGCCUGAUUAUGUUGCAUGAAAGUGGCCACUAUCCUGAGACCUUGCGUUAUAUGAGGAUCAUCUUGAAGGUGGCUCCAGUAGUUGUGAUUUGCAUGGGCUGCGCUGGUGGUGCAGGUCAAUACACCUGCUACUACGUGGAUGGUGCAACGCGUUUGGACUUCAACGACGCUCUCCCUCAUUGGCUGGUCAUUUUUCUAAAUAUCGUGAGAUUUACCAGCCUUCUUCACAUGUUCUGUGGCUACUCUCUGUUCCUCGUCAUCCCAGUUUCUGUUGCAAUCAUUUCACAUCUCUCCAUGAAAGAGUUCAAAAGUUAUAUGGAUAAAGAAUUGCAGAAUCUAAAGACGAACAUGACCUUUGGAACAGCAGUGACGUUGUUCGAAGAACGUGUUUGUUUUAUCAGUGAGUCAUCCAAAUCAUGUUCGAUGCUGUUGGUAAUUCUGGUUAUGUCGUCAACACUUUCCUUCACAUUGAACGUUUACAACUUUUUGUUUGUCCAACGCCUCGCGGUUUAUUUUUGGUUUGCUGUCCUGCCAUUGCUUUGGAUUGCUAUUCCUCUCGCAGUUGGGGCAUGGGCGACGGACACCUACCAGACAUUUGCUGGAGUAGUCCUCAAGAAUUGGGCCCGGACGUCCGGGGAUAACUCUUCCGAUUCCUCGCAAGGAAUGGUGACGAGUGAUGUCUCGCCAGAGAUGGCUUGUAUCACGUGCCGCGAUUCUGCACGUGCAAAAUUAUCAAACAAAAUCUCGGGUUGCCACUAUGCGAGCAAAAAAUUUCGAACGAAUUUACGGAAUGUAGUUGUUCGACCAUUGCAGAUCGAGCCCUCUGCUCAAAAUGCUUGCACCGUCCAAUCGGAGUUAACUGAAGAUAUAAAAAACAUGCCUUGUGUUGAUAUGGUCGAGCCUGCUGUAGCCAGCAAAAAGACAGAUCAGUGGACGUGCGAGGCUGAGGUGCUACAACUUAGACCAGAGUCUGUCCUUAGUGGGGAAUCAAUUGGUCUGCGAAGUAACCCAGGCUACCCAGCAGAUAGGUUUGAUUUCGAGAGGUAUAUUAUAUAUCUACAAUGUUUGUUACCAGAUGUUGGCUUCUCUGUAGCUGGGUGCCUUUUGACGUGGGACAAAGUGUUUGGGUUGGCAGUCUUCAUGAUAUCAUUAGCAGCAGUGUUUAUACAGGAGGUGAUGUUUGGUAGCAGAAAGAACACGAUUGGUCGACCAUAACUUUGACUUGAUUAGAAACAAACUACGAUGACACCAUACCAUUGCAUGGCGACCCGUGAAAUAAUUAAAAAGUUUUAAAUAAUCAAUUCUCUUUUUAUUGCACAGCAAUAAUAAUA